AUGGGCUGGAUCGGAGAAGGCAAUCUAGUGCAUAAGAUGUUGUUUAUGGUGAGAGGUCAUCUACAUAGCAGUCAAGUCCUACGCGACGGCGUGAAGAGCUACUGCACACUGGGGUUAGGGAACUUCAGCGGUGACGAGCUCUUAUCGUGGUGCCUCCGUCACCCGUCCAUGGAUCGACUGCCGCUGUCGUCGUCCACGCUCGUGGCCGUGGAACUGACGGAGGCGUUUGGGCUGGAUGCCGUCGACCUUAGGUACGUGAUGCAGCACUUCCGUCACACCUUCGUAAGCGAGAAGGUGAAGCGGAGCACCCGGUACUACUCGUCGAGGUGGCGGACAUGGGCGACAGUGGCGAUCCAACUAGCGUGGUGGAGGCACAGACAUCGACUGACGGUGACAUCCUUGUUGCUCGUACGACCAUGCUGGCCUCCUCCUCGCUCCUCGUUGAUGGAAGAGAACAGGCUGAGACAAUACACGGCACUGUUAACAUCACCCAAGCCUAACUCAGCUUGCCGUCCUAAUAACAAGCAGUUCGCAUGUGAAUGUUUCGUGUCCCAAAAUUGCGUUGUCCUCAAUAGUCUCUAA